AUGCCUAGGCGUCGUGACCAACCUGUAGAGUAUGAAGAACAAGAUGAGGAACCUGGUCGAGAACCGUGGGCAUCCCGUCAGGAAGGUCCUCUGCUGGCUGGGCAAGUCAAAAGGGGAUCGGAUGUACCGCUCUUUACCAUCCAGUCGCCCAAUGUUCCAAGGACACUGACAACGUCACAUAAUGCAUAUCCCGUUAACGACCAUGCCGAGAGGACCCGUUACCACGAUGUAGUGGAAUCGACUCGGGGACUCAGUUUGAGUACCCAUGACACGCGACAGGCUAGGUCAUGUAGUCGAGAGAGCAAUCGUAUGUCCCAACAAAAAUUGUACAACUUGGAUCCUGAGAAUCCGCACCAGAACGUUAGUUAUCAUCUGUCAUCAACACCACACAAUCCGCUGCUGCAGGCGGCUUCCCCGUUCCCGCCAGAUGUUUCUCGAUAUGAUAGGGGCCCGAGCAACCCGCAACCUGGAUAUUAUUCAGCGUAUCCCAUCCACCCUGAGGAGCGCUAUAGUUUUCCACCAGCAUUCUCUGGCUUGCCUUACCCAGAUAACCAUCCUCCGGGUUAUCAUAACCCCCGGCCGCAAUAUCCAAAUGCACACCAGUCAAGUCCAUAUGUACCAAAUUGGGGUACGCCAUAUUACGACCCGAUUACUCACAGAUCCACAUUCCAGGGACAUGGCAGAGACGCUGCUCCCGGUUGGAGCAGAACGGAAGAAGAUCUUGACCCCGGACGGAAAAUCGGACCAACCGACGCGGGAGUGUCGUUGGACGAGAGUAUGCAAUGA